CCGAAAACUAUAAACAACUAAGGAAGAAAUUUAAUGAUCUCAAAAAAUACAUUCCUUUCUUGAAAUAUGUAUUCAAAUCGGAUCCAGAAAAUAACUCCAAGUAUAAAACGUUACUUGACUGGCUUAAAAUAACACACCCCUCCACUAUUGAUUAUUGGCACUUGAAUUCAUGCGAAAACAGAAUUAAAAGAAGAUUUUUCCAGCUCAUAUAAAAGAAAUAUUUGAAGGAGGUGAACCGGUAAUUAUAAGUAUUUCUGAUGAUGAUGAUGACGCAACAUCGCCUUCUACUUCUCUGGUCUGCAAAAAAGAAAAACUUUCAAGUAAAGACCAAAAAUCAACUUCCAGCAUUCACAUCUUCCAACGUCCAGAAGACAAUUCUCUGACAAAAAAUGAAUCUAGAAAGAAAUCCAAAACUUUACCAACUCAACAUGUAAAGAGAAAACUUUUAUUAAGUGUAGAGAGAAAAAAUAACAUCCAAACAAAUACCUUGUCGAAAAAACCUUCCAAAAGCAAAGGAAAAGAUUCGUCAAAAAGCACCAAUACAAUCGAUGCCAAUGUGUUUGAUAUUGGGUCUUGGAAUGAUCUUGAAAUACGAAGAGAAAAAAGGACUCUCGUCAAAAGGUUUUUAUCUAAGCAAUCAACCAGGGAUGGAAAUAUUAAUGCACCCAAAAUGAGAAAGAAAAACAGAACUAAACAUUGUUCAACUAAGGCUGAUAAAAAAAACAUAGAAAUUGAAAAUCAAAGUUAUGAAAGUCUUGUGAAAAAGAAAAAUGAAAUCAUAAAGCUUUUGAGAGAGGACGAUACUAAAAAUUCAGAUAACUUUAACUUGGAAAAACCAAAAGACUUGGACUUAUUCCAAAGAAGAGAAUCAACAAUGGAUAAAAGUACGAUACCAAGUGUAGACCCCUCAAUAAUAGAUUCUGUAAAAUGUGUACUUAACAAAAACCCAAACAUAAUUGCAAAUAUAGUAAAAGAUGAUAGCUUAGGAACAAAAAUUGUGUACGACUAUUCGAAUGUAACCAAAAAGUCCACAUCAAAAACUAUGAUAGUUUUAAGUAAAGAAAAAUUAUCUGAGUCUAGUAUUCCUCAAUUGCAUGAUAACGCACUUAUAUCAACUGAAUCCAAUAACUUAAGUGUUUCAGGGGAUUUAUAUCGCAGAGCUAUUCUAGAGGAGCAAAUCAAAUCACAAUUUAUUCUAGACCCAAUGUUGCAAAAUCAACAUAAAAUGAACUUCGAUUCAUCUGUUAACUCAAAAGUUGUAAAUUAUAAUCGUCUUAUAACACAAAAAUCUACACAAGAAGGACUCGAUUGUUCUUUAAACCAAAAGGCAAUUGUUGAUGAAAUACCCGAUUCUCAACAACAACGACCACCGUCGUUUUCAAGAUCACGAAGAAAAAAUAACAAAAUAAGUUCCAAAUCCAGUGAAAUCAGGUGUAAAUCUACUGAGAGUAAUAUUACAAGAAUAGUUUGCAUUGAAGCUAGUAACAUCUCUGAAUCAAAGCAAAGUCAGAAAAGUGUUCAUAAAAACGUACCUGAAUUCAUACGGGAGAUUGAAACGAAGUCUUCUUCUUCGAAUCCAGAAGUUAAGAGCAAUGUGUUAAGUAAAACGGACGAAAAACAGACAAAGAAGUCGGAGAAACCAUCUAACACCAAUCUCACGACGACGUCAAAAUCAGUCGCGGAUGUAAAUGAACUCGAAAACGAAGAGUUCUUAAAAAGCAUAAAAGACAAAACUAUAAUUUCUAAGAAAAAAGCGGAAAGUCAAACACUGGAAAGUGUAGAGGAAGAUUCAAAAAUACUCCAUAAAUCAAAGAAGCAAAGGAGAAAAGACCCAGAAAAAGAUCUACUUUCGAAAAGUUGUGAACACAAAAUCAAAAAACCGAAAAAAGCCUUCUCAGUAAGUAAGGACCCAAAAAGUGAUAUUAAAACAUCGAAUCUAACAAAUUUAUCAGACAAAACUCUAAAAACUGAAAUCAACCCAAAAGUUGACGAAAACAAAGAUCUGAGGUGUUAUUUAGAUCUUAAAAAACAAAAACGUGAAUCUGAAUCUGCUAUACAAAAUAACACUCCAGUUAAGAAAUGUAAAAACAUUUUGAACCAAGAUCUUGAUUGUUCUUUAAACAAAAACUUUUCUAAUAUCUGUGAGGCUUCAUUCUCGGCCAAUAGUGAUGAUAAAGUAACUAACAAUUUAGAACCGGAGGGAACCAAACAAAAAAAGAUUUCCAACAAAGGUGCUGACAUUAAAAUCAACGAAAAUCGAAAGGAUUCUAAAAUAAAACAAUCACUACAAGCAAUCAACAACAUCGACUCGAGUAUGAAACCGAUUUUAAAGCUACGGAAACUAGAUUUAAAAAAUUAUCCAGCGGUUAUAUCCAACGGCGAUUCUUUGGACGUCGAUAAGAGAAGUCAGAAAUCGAAAGACACUCAAGAUGAAAACAAUGUAAAUCAAACAACUAAAUCAAAACUCAAAUCACCCUCAACAAGUAAUAGUAAAAAGAGCCACAAGAGAAAAUCACCAAAAGAAAAUACAGAUGCAAAAGACACUGAAGUCGAGCCAUUGAAAAAAUCUAUAACUUCCACCGAACAAAGUAAGGACAUAACUCCCAAGAAAAUCACUAAUUCUCCAGCAAGACGUUUUUAUAGAGAGCUUAAUAACCUUAAGUGCACAUUUAAAACGAGUCUUCUACCUCAAACUAUUGGAAAGCGUCGAUGUAGUUCUAGCUGGUUAAAUUUCAACGAAAACGUUGAGCGUCAAAUAUCAAAAAAUAUACAUGAUGAAAUAACCCCAGCACCGAUCAAACGUAGAAGGCAGACUUAUUGCGCCGUGCCUAAUCUCAAAUUGACAUUGCAACGAUCUUCAAGCGGCAAUGAUGAUUACCACAUCAAAGGCAUUGAAAAAGAAAACGAUGAGGAAGAUACUGAUGAACUUGAUACCGAUGAGCAUCGUGACCUUGAGACUUCCGAACCCGAUAUCAUGAAGCGAAACGAUGACAGCAAUAACAAAAAAGAAACUUUUAGCUGCUCCAAUUUAGAUGCAAUACCAAUCCAAUCCACAAUUGCCAAAUCAUUGGCAAACACUGAUUCGAAAAUGACAUUCAAAUCGACAAGAACUUGUGUUCUAUGUGACAAAAACUCGAAUGACUUGACAAGUCACUAUGUUGUUAAACACAAAACUGAAUCAUAUGUUUCUCGGCUCUCCUCGAACGACCUUGACAGGUUAAAAAAAGACACAAAUAUAGCGAUUCCGGUUUAUAGAAAUAUAUACAAAAUAAUUUGUGUCUUUUGCAAACAAAUGGUAAAGGAUCAAUUUGAAAAUUUGUGUGCUCAUUUUUCCUACCACACGGGCGAAUAUAAUUUUCAGUGUGAAGGAUGUAAGAUCAAGAAACCCUACAAAGAAGAUAUUAUCUCCCAUCAGCUGCGAUCAAGAUUUUGCAGGAAUAGUAAAAUGAUCACGAUUCAUAAGGACGAUUUGGAAAAAGGCACUAUUUACUUGCAUGUUUGUAAAAUUUGCAAUUUUGUAAAUUUGAAUGAAUCAAAUCUAAAAAAUCACCUUCAAAAACAACACGGUUUCAACUUUGAUAUACUGGAUAAUUCUGAAAAAUGUAUCUUAUUACUUAAAAAGGUUAAUCCUUUAGAAUACAAUAAAAGUAAUAAUGGUUGUGAGGCAGGAGAUGAUAUUCGACGUGAGGAAGAAGCCCCACUAUGUGCAGAACAAGACUUUAUUUGCGAGCUGCCCAUGGAUAUACAGAAUAUUUUAGUAAACGAGAAAAAAUCUUUACCCGAAACAGUUGUCAGGCUAAAACGUAAUUCCAAUUUCUUAUCAGAGCAUGAUAAAACAGUACCGCCCAGCCCCGAAAAACUACUGCAAGAGAUGCAUGCUGUACCAAGUAAGUCAAGAGACACAACGACUACUGAAGGCGUUUUGCGAGAAAUAUUUGCUGGCAAUCUUCAUGCUGAAAGCAAUCCAAAUGAUAACGUUAAGGUUUCUGGCAAUAACAGAAGUCAUACUAACAUUGUUAACGUUGCUAAAGAAUCCAAGAAAGAAAAGUUAAAUUGUGAACUGCCAAAGGAUUCCCAGAAUGCUUCAGAUUCAGAAUCUUUAACCAAUAUUGAAGAUUAUAUUAAAAAUACAACCAACAUUCCAAGUCCAACAAGGAGUGAUAUUCCCGAAUGCGAGAGUAAUAAUAAUUCUAUUAAAAAAGAAGUGAACUCUAAGAGCCCUGUUGGAAUGACUUCAUCUAUAGAACGAGUAUUUACUUUAAAAACUCCAAGUACUAGAAUAAGUAUCGACAAUUCUUUUGAAGAUAUUGAACCUUUGCGAAGCAUUGAUGUUUCUGAUGGAACAAGCAAUAAGGUAUGCAUUUUUCCCACUGGAAACAAUUCGGAGACAGUUAGUAUUCCAGAAGAAGAUCUUCUUCAUUCGGAGUCUAUAACAAGCAUUGAGGCAUAUAUUAAAAGUACGAACGAGAAUACCAGUCAGAGCAAAAGUUUACAUGAAAAACUCUGCCAGAAGCAAGAAAGAAACCAAGAAACACUUGAUGAUUUCCAUUCCAAAACAUCAAUUGAAGAGUUUAACCAAAGCAUAGAAAAUCUUGAUGAUGAACCUCAUGACCCAGAAAAAUGCACUCAUACGCAAGUGAUAGACAAAACCAUAAAUCAUUCUUUAUCACCAUUUGAAUCUGAAAUCGAAAAUUCAAGUCAAAAUAAUAGUCAAUCAAUGAUUUAUCGGCAAUAUGAUAAUCUAGACCCUUACAAUUUCAAUUUGUUCAAAUGCUUAAUGGAGGAUUGCUUGUAUUCUACAAAUUCUAAAGAAGACUUUAAGCUUCAUGCUUUAAGUCACAAUGAUCAAAUUAAAUUAUUCGAUUGUCCUUACUGUCCAACGAAAAAUUCUUGUCUAGAGAAUGUUAUUCAACAUAUUUGGCAUGAACAUAGCUUGAGUAACUAUCAAUGUACAAAAUGCUCAUAUCGUAGUUUAGUGCCUGGUCACGUAAUAAUCCACAGCAAAAUGUUUCACAUCGAUUCCAGAAUAGAUGAACCACCAAUCUACAAGUGUGGCUAUUUCAAAGUGUCAAAAGAGAGUCAAUUAAAAGCUAUGGACGAAAAUAUCAAAAACAAGGCGGCCAGUAUGAAGUGUCCAGAUUGUUCAUACCGAUUUUUUUCUACAGUCUUAAUAAAAUCACACCUUCAAAAGUCACAUCCCUGUACUUUUCAAAGAUUGAGUUCGUUGAAUUUGAAUAAUCUGACUUGUCUACAUUGCAAAAAAGAGUCAAAUUGUAACGAGGAAAUGCGAAAACAUUUAUCAUUACACCACCCAGAUGAACCUGGCUUUGUUAUAGAGACGAUACUAAAGGCUAAACAAACUGAGGCUCAUAAUGAUGUUAAUGAUCUAACUGUGGUGGACAUAAGUAUAGAUUGUGUUGUAAGUGAUAUCAACAUUUUAGAAGAGAGUGAAAGAGUUAAUAUCUUAAACUCGAUAGAAGAAUCAAUAAAAAUAGAAAAAGUCAUCAACAACCAUGGUUCGAUAGAUUCGAUAAAUAAUUGCACGACCAACCAACAACCUAAAGAAAUUCUAUCCCCAUUACCCAACCACCAACUGAGCAGUCCUUUGAAUUUAGGCAAACCGAUGGAAGAAGCAUCUCAAAGAAGAGAGAAUGAUAUUGCUCAACUGAGUGAAUCUGUUGCAGAUUCCGUUAUUUGUGAACCAUUUAAAAAUGAACACAUCAAACAAGCAGAACCUAUUGUAGUCGAAGAAGAACAGCUAACCAGUCUCGAAAGUAAAAGACUAGAUAAUUUUAGCGAGGCUAUCGUGAGAGAAGAGAUAGGCGAACGUUUAAAAUCCCUUCUGGAGCUACUAGUCGAAGACACUGGGGUUCAUAGGUCUACACUUUACAGAUGCCCAUCUCACUGUAACUCAUCAUUCAUGCACUUCGAAUUGUGGCGUAAUCAUAUCAAAAGUCGGCAUAAAGGAACUGAAGAUCUGGUUUGUCCAUAUUGUACCGAACUAUUACAAUAUAGUUCAGCUGAAGCACAUUUUAAAAACCAUCUACAACAUGAAUUCAUUUGUUACUACUGUCUCGUAAGUUGUUCUUCGAAAAAGAAAAUGCAGGAACACUUUGCAUCGUUCCACGAAAAUUGUAACACUAUAGAAUUGCCAAUAGCUUCACUUUAUUUGGUAAUCAAUGAAGAUGCUAUCAUAAGUGAUUACAACGAAUUACUCGAAAGUUUUUCCGAGGCAUUAUUUUUGCAUUUAACAAAAAAAAUCCAAAAACAUACAGUUAACGAGUGGGUAGGAAAAGAAUUGACCGAUAUCUGCCUCUAUGAGAUGGAGAUUCCUCAAUAUAAACCACAGCCAGAGGACCCAUCGUUAUUCAAGUGCUUUGGAAAGUUCUGUAGUUUUGUUUCAAAAGAAGAAAGCUUGUUCGACGAUCACUUAAUUCAACAUCAACUACAAAGUACAUUUAAAUGUAAAUAUUGCACAUAUCCAAUUUCAAAACCAAGCUUGGAGAUCAUUAAAUGUCACCAUUUACAGCACCUGAGUGCGAAUUUGCUUAUAUGUUGUGUUUGCAAAUUUGUUCAUUACGAUAAUCACAAUAUAAUGGAGCACAUAAAAAAUCUACACAACUGUAGAGACGUCCCUGUACUCCGAGUACAAAAGUCCGAUUUGAGCUACAAAGUGUCAUUAUCAAUUUUCUUACCUCCAAACGAAAUGAGCUUUUCAACUUCUAAAUCCUGCUUCUGUUGUGCCAAGGAAAUAAGAAACAACAAGAAAUAUCUCGGUCACUUGAAGAAAGUUCAUAAGUUAUCAUUUUGUCUGAGAUGUCAACUAUGUGACAAAAUAGUUUUGACACAUUUAGAUGCAGAAGCUCAUUGCAGGGAACAUCACCCAAUAGAACCGUUUAAACUGAAAUAUGAAGUCUUAACACCAUAUUUGUACAACUUGAUUAUUAGAUCGAGAUCACCUCUAACUAUUGAAGUACGUCUUAGAAAAGAAAAGCCUUCUGACCAAAGAAAAGAAUCUAAUUUAAACGAAUCCUUGGCACCGCCACCGGUUGCAAUUAAAGAAGAAGAAAUAUUAGUCAAAGACGAGUUGGAAGAUGACAAUCAAACUCCAAGUAUCUCUAUCAAGUGCUUGCGUACGAAUCAACUUUUCGAGGAUAUAUCUGGAUUGGAAAAAGAUAGUAACGCACCUCAAAACCUGCGUCGAUUUAAUGAAACCGACGAUGUGGGACCCAGUAAGGAGCCCCAAACUUGUUUUGUCAAUCAAGAUAUUCAACCUCGCGCAAAUUCUGAAUCGUCAACGCAACAAAACCAACAAUACUUAUUUACAUCGACAAACAAUGCCGUUUGUCCUUCACAAAUAGAGCCUAUAAUAAACGGAGUUUCCCUGUUACCUCAAUCAUCUUCUUCAAAUUCAACAACAACUGACCCUCAUUGUCUGACAUUACAUCUAGACACAGAACAACAGCCUAGAACAGUGGAAGGACUGCAAAGAAUUCCCGUAAUUACAAAUAGAGUAGCUCAACCAAAUAUUCAAUCCCCAACAAUAGUUCAUAACUAUACAGCGCCACUAUAUAACAACACCGCGCAAGUGAACAUCAGGACAAAUUUAGAAGAAAUUGCUCCCAUUUGCGGAAGUUGUGAUUUCGAAUGUACAGACUUUAUACAUUUGCAGGCGCACUAUGAAGCAACGCACGCAGUGAAUAAUCAACCUUUUUAUUUUUACGUGGAUCGUAAAAUUGGUUGCAUGUAUUGCACCUUCCAGGGCAGUGUGCGUGCUUUAUCAACACACCAUGCAACACUCCAUACCGGCAAAACAAAACUAUGUUACAGUGUUAUCGAUCCCACACGCUGUGGCAUGUGCAAUGACAUAUUUCGCUACUCGUUACCAGCUUCUGUCGGUAGCGGUAGCUAUUCAUUGCCAUCUGUGUGUGGUUGUCCAGGAAACCAUCAAAGAACUUUAGCCGAUUGUUUGAACUUGCCAAUUUUAAGAACCUUACAAGACAUUGGCUACCAAUACUACAGAUCCUCAAGCUUGGAGAACUAA